AUGGGAACUGGAAGGUGGGACCUGACCAACGACGAGCGUGAAGCCAUCCUUCUUGAAACGCUGCUUAAGAGCAGCGGCAGCUACUGCACAAGAUUACCCAAGGGUUUUGGCGAGUAUUUGGCCAACAAGUACUCCUGUCACGUCGUGACAAUUCGGAAAGUGCUUGCCCGAGCGAAGGCCCAAGGCGUUGGAGGCAUCAACAUGGUUGUGUCCGUGGUCAACUUGAAAAAGGGAAAAGCUAAGCUGUUGGAAAUCGGUACGUGGCCGUUCGUCGAAACCGUGCUGUUUCUAGUCCACAAGGUCCUACCUGCCAUCAUCGCCAAGUGGCCGACGAACGACCGUCACGUCAUGAUACAGCACCACAACGCUCGAGCCCACGUCACGGAGUCCGACAUCAAGUUACGCUACACUGAACUUACCAAGCAAGGCUGGAGUAUCUCACUGACACCACAGCCACUGAACUCCCCGGACACGAACAUCCUGGAUCUAGGAUUUUUCGCCGCCAUUCAAUCCCUACAACACCAGAAAUCAGCAUGCUCAAUCGACGAUCUUGUGGCCCAUGUUGCUGAUGCCUCUGUCGAGUACCCGUUUGAACGUCUUGAUCACACGUUUCUGACGCUGCAAAGUUGUCUUAUCGAGACAAUGAAGGUUAAUGGUGACAACACCUACAAGAUACCGCACAUGGCGAAGGAGAAGAAGCAGCGACUGGGAAUCUUACCUCGGAACGUUGUGCGUCCUGUCGACACAUUUGAUGCCGCACGCGCAGUCUUGGUCGGAGCGGACAGUGAGCGUCUGGAACGAGAGUUUGCUGCUGAGUUCGCGGAGGCGAUCGCGGUGAACGAGCUUGCGUACCAACUCGAAGAAAUGGCGUUGAUUGAUCCCGAGGGCGUGGACGACAUGAUUGGUGUCCUGAACGAUGUUGGUAUUGAGUCGAUUAGCAUUGAUGAGUAG